ACGGCAUUAGCUGCUGAGGGAAUUGAUAACCCCCUUGUUUACUCCAGCUUCUUGACCUUAUGUUAUGUUACAGCGGUUUGCUAGUUGUCUCUCUUAUUAUUUUUACCUACUUUAAUAUUUGCCUGCGAAGCGGUGGUGCCGACUGUUCCCUUCGUAUUCGCUGCGAAGCCAUCUCGGACUGGCCCCGCGGUGGGUGAGGUCUACACUGCAACCUUCGACACGUGCUGCCUUGAAAAACGACACACAUUGCGUGAAUCAAGAUCACAUAUCGGCAUCAUUCGAACAUUUCUUCUGGCACAUAUGAAGGGUCUACCGCCACGACACUAAACCUUCACCAUGUUUAAAUCCGAUAAACCGUAUACGGCCGUUACCGUGCAAAUAGAGAAUCUAACGAGUGAGCAAUAUGAAGUCGAUGACUGGAGUGGCAUCGUGGACUUGAUAGAAGUUGUUCGCAUACAAUCAACCGGCCCGGCAGAGGCUAGCCGUGCGCUGCGAAAGAAGCUCAAGUACGGCAACGUUCACAGACAGCUCCGAGCUUUAACUAUCUUGGAUUUUCUCAUUCAAAAUGCCGGGGAGCGAUUCUUGCGUGUUUUCGCCGACGAGCCCUUACUUGAACGUCUUCGAAUUGCCGCUACUGAUUCUGUCUCAGACCCGGAAGUUAGGAAAAAAUGUCAGGCGCUUUUUGGGCAGUGGGCCGUGACUUACAAAGACACCCCGGGCAUGGGUGGUAUUACAGGGCUGUAUAAGCAACUACCGAAAAGAAAGCAACCGGCACAACAAGCCCAUGCAAAAGUGUUGAGAGAUAAUGCACAGCCGACGGAUAUGUCGAUGGGCCAUUCCGUCUCUAUAUCCGUAGGAGACGGCCCGUCGACGGCGUUGUCAUCCCCCAAGUCUAAGAAAUCCAAACGAACCUCAGCAUUUGGGUCGGCUAGCUCGAAAGGCCCAAAGCGAAGUAGCCCCAAGCCAUUCAAUAUGGAAAAGGAGAAACCAGAGAUCUUGCAAACAAUUGCGGCAUCCUCGGUUGCCGGUACAAACCUUCUGAAUGCCUUAAAACUAGUGAACAGAGAAACACACCGAGUCAGUGAUAGUGAGGAUGUCAUGCUCCAAUUUGAGAAAUGCAAAACCUUGCGCCGACAAAUUUUGCGUUACAUUCAAAAUAUCGAGAGCGGUGAUCUUCUUGGUAGUUUGAUUCAUGCGAACGAAGAGCUUGUCACUGGCUUGAUGGCUUUUGAAGUUCUGGACAAGAGUGUGGAUUAUGACAGUGAUAGCGAGGAUGAAAAUUUUCAUCUUCAAGGGAUAAAUGAUGAUUUCUCUGGCUUGUCGAUUAAUCCCCCUAAGCCGCCUCGCCCGCAACGACCGACGAGCAUCCCCAAUUUUCCAAGCGGUAAAAAUCCUUCUCCAUUCAAUGUGGAUAAUCUGGAGAGUGCAAGUGAGUCGGAAGCCGAGGAGGAUGAUAAUGAAGACAAUCCUUUCGGGGAUAGAAAUGAAGUCAAGACCCCUGCUGUUGAAAAACACCAACCAACCUGGCGAGAAGUCUGAUAUCUGCACAUUUGGCUCUUAUUCAAAUUCGAAAUUUGGAGUUAUACUUUGUUAGUAAGCUUCUGCGCACAGUGCCAGCUCCAGGUCUUCGUCAAUGUGCUCAUUGGUACUGAGUAGUCUCGUCAUGCAUCAGUUUAAUAUACCCCAAUUUACGUAAAUUGAUCGAUAACAGGAUGACACGGUUUGCGACAAUAAAGCUUGACAUAUCCAUUUGGCAUUUUUUUGGUGUGCAUUUAAUGUAUGCAUCAAUAAUUUGUUCUUAAAUUGUAGCUACCUGGAGAACAAAACAGUUAUUAAACUUGCUUCACCAAAUAUUGCCUGUUGUGGUUUAUUUAGGGUUUAGGGUAAAACCCAGGCAAAGAUUACCAAUCCACCGACACAUCAUCAAUAUGAUGAGGUUGACCCAACCUAUAGAAAGACGGCACGCUAAUUGAAUAUAUUUGAGGC